GUGUCACAUUUUAAUACUUUGUUUCGAAUCAAUCUAAUCUACAAUGAAGUCGGCACUUGAUCAAUCUGGCAGAAAAAUCGGGAGCUGCUUCUUAUUUAUUUUGGAAAAAAAAUAUCUCCCUAUUUAUCCCUUCCUCCUCGCCAACAGCGCCCUCGCCCCUCGGGUUCUCAAUCACCUGCACGAACAUCGACGGCGAUCGGUACCGGAGUCCAGCUCGUUCUCGGUUUGAUCUAGGGCGAUGGCAGCGGCGGCGACGAACGUCAACGUCAAGCCGCUCAACGGCGCCGAGGGGUACCUCAGGUGGAAGGAGUCGAUGCUGCUCCGCCUCCACACCGUCGGCGUCGCCCACGUCCUCUCCGACGAUCCCCCGCCGCCGCCGCCGGCCGGGGUCGAGGAGGAGGACGGCGAUGCCGCCGCGAGGAGGAGGAUGUGGGCGCGCGACGACGCGGUGUGCCGCGGCCACAUCCUCGCCGCGCUCUCCGACCGCAUCUUCCCGGACUACGUCCGCCACCGCACGGCCAGGGACGCGUGGGACGCCGUGGCGCGCACCUACGACAACGCGGACGCCGCCUCCGCCGUCGCGCAGAGGAUGCUCUACGACGACCUCGCACUCGACGGCGCGCCGGCGCCGCUGCUGGAGCGGAUCGCGCGCGCGGAGGCGCUCAACGCCGCCACGAGGGUGACGCUGAGCCUGAGCGACGCCGAGCUCGCCGAGCUACUGUGCCAGACGGUGCUCCCGGCGAACGCGGCCGCCGCCAUCCGCUCGGGCGCGGCCACCAUGCGCGACGUGUGGCGCGUCGCCCGGAUCAUGGAGGCGCAGCGCGUUCGCAGAGAAGACGAGGCGCUCCAUGGCAAGUGCAGGAAGUGCGGCAGGUCGAGGCACCAUGGCUGCAACUGCAUGCGUUGAAAGUGGCACAGAUGAUAUGCUGGAACGACGACGACGGCGACGGCGACGAGCGGCUUGCUGAUGGCUUAAUUAAUUUCGUGCGGUUAAUUAGUAACGUGGAAAAUCUUAUUUAGUUGAGUAGCAGUUAUAAUAUGUGAUCUUAAUGUUAAAUACACGCAGUGUUAGUAGUGCUUAUUAGUAACCGAUAUACUAUAAAAAAGAGUUGGUUUUUUGUAUGCCCGGAAGAAAAUGUACAUGGGAUGAUCACAUUAAGGAACUACGUGAUCUUCUCAUG